GUAGUUGAAACCCACGUGGUCAUCGCAGCAGCAUGCGUCCGGCGCCGACUUCAACAAUGACUAAAAUAAAGAGUAAAAAAAGAAAUAUCGAGGAAAACGAAGAUGAACAGCUGCCCAUCUUUGAUAAGGACAGUGGUAAAGAUGGUCAUCUAGAUGAUGAUGAUGAUGAUGAAGGUGAAGCUGAUCUCUCAGACAGUGAAGAGAGUGUCUUCUCUGGACUUGAAGACUCAGGUAGUGACAGUGAUGAUGAAGACGAUGAUGAUGAGGACGAAGAUGAUGAUGAUGAUGAUGGCCCUGGGCUAAAAAGCUCUGAUGUAGAGGAAGAUGAGAAGACAGAUGGAGAUGUUAAGCUGUCUACAAAAGAUCUCACUAAACCACAGAGUGACAUCAAAGAUUCAAAAGAUAAGAAGAUGAAGAUGAAGAAGAAGAAGAAGAAGAAGAAGACAUCAGGAGAAAAGGAUGCUGAGCAAAGUGUGACAUCACAGAGAGAUGGAGGUCUCAACGUUUCAUCUCAGGUGGAUGAAUAUGAGCAGGACACAUCAGAUGAAGAGGACAUUCGCAACACCGUCGGCAACAUUCCCAUGGAGUGGUAUAAAGAUUAUCCUCACAUCGGAUACGACCUGGAUGGCAAAAAGAUCUUUAAGCCAAUUAGAAACAAGGAUGAGCUGGACGAGUUUCUGGACAAGAUGGAAAACCCAGAUUACUGGCGCACCGUUAAGGACAAGAUGACGGGCACAGAUAUUCGCCUGACGGAUGAGCAGGUGGACCUCGUGCACCGUCUGCAAGAGGGCAAAUUUGGAGACGUCAACUUCAAUGAAUACGAGCCUGCGAUUGAGUAUUUCUCCAGUGAAGUGAUGAUUCAUCCGGUCACCAACAGGCCUGAAGACAAGCGAAGCUUCAUCCCGUCCCUCAUUGAGAAAGAGAAGGUCGGGAAGUUGGUCCAUGCCAUAAAAAUGGGCUGGAUCAAGCCGCGCAGACCCGUCGAUACCACCCCGCAAUACUACGACCUGUGGGCCAAAGAAGACCCAAACAGCAUCCUGGGACGACACAAGAUGCACAUCCCCGCACCCAAGAUAAGACUUCCCGGUCACGAGGAGUCGUAUAAUCCUCCUCCAGAGUAUCUGAUGUCCGAGGAAGAGAGGUUGGCAUGGGAGCAACAAGAUCCCGAAGACAGGAAGUUGAGUUUCCUGCCAAAGAAGUUCGCCUGCCUGCGGGCCGUUCCCGCUUACUCGCGCUUCAUUCACGAACGCUUCGAACGCUGUCUCGACUUGUACCUGUGUCCACGUCAGCGCAAGAUGAGGGUGAAUGUGAACCCAGAAGAUUUGAUCCCCAGACUCCCCAAACCAAAAGACCUGCAGCCAUUCCCAACCACACAGUCUCUGGUGUAUCGUGGACACUCCAGUUUGGUUCGAAGCAUCAGCGUCUCACCUGGAGGACAGUGGAUUGUAUCUGGGUCCGAUGACUGCACCGUGCGUUUCUGGGAGGUCAGUACAGCGCGCUGCCUGAAGACCAUGGAGGUGGGCGGAGCAGUGAAGGGCGUGGCCUGGAACCCCAAUCCUGCCAUCUGCCUGGUGGCUGUCAACUAUGAUGACACCGUGCUCCUCAUAAAUCCUGCUCUGGGUGACCGGCUGGUGUCUAAUGCCACGGAUCAGCUCAUCUCCUCUUAUGAGGAACCAGAAGAAGUGAGAGAUCAGUCGGUUCAGUGGACUGUCUCGGAGGGUGAAGGUCAUGAACAGGGUCACCGCCUCACCCUAAAACACCCCAAGGCUGUGAGGCAGGUGACGUGGCAUGGGAAAGGAGACUACCUGGCUUGCGUUAUGCCUGACAACAGCAGUAAUCUGCAGGUGGUUAUCCACCAGGUGAGCAAACGGCGGACACAGAACCCCUUCCGUAAGAACAAAGGCCUGGUCCAGUGCGUAUCCUUCCACCCCAUCAGGCCCUAUUUCUUUGUGGCCACGCAGCGCUACGUACGGGUGUACAACCUCAUCAAACAGGAGCUUACCAAGAAACUGAUGGCCAACUGCAAGUGGAUCUCCAGCAUGGCCAUUCAUCCAGGAGGCGACAAUGUGAUAUGCGGGAGCUACGACUCUCGCUUGGCCUGGUUUGAUCUGGACCUGUCCACGAAACCUUACAAAGUUCUCCGACACCACAAAAAGGCUCUGAGGGGCGUGGCCUAUCACAGGCACUACCCACUGUUUGCAUCUGCGUCUGAUGAUGGCAGUGUUAUUGUCUGUCAUGGGAUGGUCUACAAUGAUCUGUUGCAGAAUCCUCUGAUUGUUCCUGUUAAAGUUUUGAAAGGACACACCGUCACUCACGACCUGGGAGUUUUGGAUGUGACCUUUCACCCGACUCAGCCCUGGGUUUUCUCCUCGGGGGCGGACGGAACGGUCCGUCUUUUCACCUAGAGACGGCGUUCGUGGCUAAAGAAAACAUCCCUACGCCGGGAGCUCGAAGAUAGAAAUUACACACCGGUGAGGUUUUUUUAAAACUCAAAUGCUUCAAGACAAAUCCGUCUCGCCGCUCUCUGGGGACAUCAAAACGUUGCUGGCAGGAAUCAAGUGCCUGGUCUGAUAUUGAACAUGGCAUUGUAAUAUGCCGUCGAACCAUGUUUUGCUUUAUGUUAGGAGAAAAUAGAUCCAGCUGCUUCUAGAUUCCCACAGGACUGUAGUCUAUCAUAACUGACACUGUUUCACAACCUAAACCUUGGGAAGGCCUGUUUCCCUAUCGAGCUCACAGCAAAUCAAAUCCGACCGCUAAUCCUUGGACAAGAAAGAAGAAUUUGAAAUGAAACAAACGGUUGAUGACGGAUCUCGCCAAAGCAAACAACACAAGAUACAAACUUGUUGUGAGUUCACCUCCUGUAGUGUUUAAAGCUACCUGUCAAAGCGUCCACCCAGCCGUGUCAACGACCAGAUGUGCUGUCUUUCUUUUUUUACAAAGUAUUGACUUGUGAAACUUUUACUUGUAUUUCAAAGACCUGUUGGGUUUUAAUUAAACAUGGUGUUUCUUGAAGA